AGCGUAGAAGCCGGCGGAUGCACUGAUGGCUCGUAUUUCUGUUGACUUUCACAUGAUGUUGUUGGCUGUCGCGGUUUGUCUCUCACCUGCUGGCCUCUCGCCAUCCCUCUGGCCGUCUGUGUGAUCGGACCGACUGAAGGUUAAUGUCCGUACUGUGAGAGCAGCCCACCGGAUCGAAGCAGGCGGUGAAGACGAUUUGAAAACCUCCAUCUCUGUCCGACUGAGAACCACCUGGAGCUGUCUAUCUGGCCUCGCCGCUCUACUAUGAUCCUGGCCUCCAGAAGAUAAAAUAAAGUAUAGUCCCUUUUGAAGCCGUCUUGAUUUCCCGAUGGGUUCCCGCAGCCAAGGCUUCUUCCACCACCACCACCACCACCAUCGUAGCUCCAUGCUGCCCGCCACGGUGCCAAGGCUGCUGCCUGAGAGCAGCAGCCUGCUGGGGGGCAUCGCUCAAAUCACGCCCAACCUUUUCCUCAGCAGAGGGAAUGUGGCGUCCAACCGUAGCCUGCUGCUGUCCAAAGGCAUCACCUGUGUGGUCAACGCCACCAUCGAGCUUCCCAACUUCAACUGGCCUCACAUGGAGUACGUGAAGGUCCCACUAGCGGACAUGCCCCACUCCCCGAUCUCCUUGUACUUCGACAGCGUGGCGGAUAAGAUCCACAGCGUGGGGCGGAAGCGAGGAGCGGUGCUAGUGCACUGCGCGGCGGGGGUGAGCCGCUCUGCCUCUCUGUGUCUGGCAUACCUCAUGAAGUAUCACCGCGUGUCUCUGGCCGAGGCCCAUGCCUGGGUGAAAGCGCGCCGCCCGGUCAUCAGGCCCAAUGGGGGCUUCUGGCGCCAGCUCAUUGAGUAUGAGAGGAAGCUGUUUGGAAGGAACUCUGUAAAGAUGGUGCAGACGCCCUAUGGGGUCAUACCUGAUGUUUACGACAGGGACCGCAGGUGUCUGGCUCCUUACUGGGGCCUGUGAGAGGCGAAACGUCCCUCGACCAUGGACUGUAACUUUAAGAGGAGCCUUCUUGCCCUUCUGGACUGCAGGUUUAUGUAUGUUCAGAACAGGCCAAGUGUGAUUGUACAUGUGUGUGAAGCUUAUUUAAUGGUGCAUUUGGACAGAAGGAGUCACUAGGUUAACCCUGGUUGUUGAUGUGGGAGCUGUCUGUCCAACCAGUUGCCUCCAUUAAGUGUUUAAGUAGGAGCAAGGCGACUUCAAGCCCAGAAUCCUUAGGACCAAAGGAUCUAUCGAUACCACAAUGAUGUCAGACACCAAACAGGAGGAGGUUGGUGCAGUCUAUUUCCUGGUCUGUCUUUCCAGUUCCAGUGGAGGACCGGCACUCUGUGAAGGUGUCAGCUGAGAGACUCUGCAGCUCUGACAGAGAUGUGCCUGAAGUCCUUUUCCUGACGUGGUGUCAUGUGGUGGUUUUGUGCAAGUUUUGCGGUAGUCUUUAGUGUGAAGGGCAGCAGCAUGCUCUCAGUUCAUGGUAGCAUUUAAGUUAAUGUACAGAAAAAAUAUUAAAAAUAAAGUAUUUUAUUUGAAUGUAUUGAUAGUGAGGAAAAACAUGUUUCAUGGGACAGAAAAUCUUUAAAGAUGUUAGCAUAUAAACCUUUUUAAAGGUGAAAAUAUAUAGGAUGUAAACAAAAGUCAAGGUUUAGGGAAAGUUCCUGUGUAGCACAGGGUUCACUGUUUCAUCCUGUGACCACACUAUGUUAUUGUAGUCAUAUUUGAUGCUGUAUUAAAAGAAAAUAUCUGCUGCCUCGCGGGGGCUGGUAGCUCUAUUAUAAAAGCUUU